GCCUGAUGGCGACUGACACCGUCACGCCGACAACCGCCACCGUCACCGUCACCGUCACCGUCUUUCUGCUACAUGAUGCGUUUCGUGAGCUGUUUCCUUCAGUGAAUCAGUGUCUCUUCUUCCAUUCCCAUUCCCAUUCACUCUGCAAGCACAAUGAGAAAACACACUGCGCAAGCAUGUGUAGCUGCGGUUGUUUCAGUCUUUCUAUUGAUGAAGCUAAGUCCACCCAUUCCUCAACCUCAGAAGUACCAUGAUUUCGCUGACAAGCGAGAAUUCUUUGGCAUUCCCAAUGCACUUAAUGUGAUAUCAAAUUUCCCUUUCAUUAUUAUUGGUCUCAUCGGGCUUAUGCUUUGUCAUCAUAGGAACUAUUUUAAUUUCAGUUUGCAAGGUGAGCUAUGGGGUUGGACAUGCUUUUAUGCAGCUGUGACUUCAGUAGGUUUUGGGUCUUCAUAUUAUCAUCUUGGGCCAAAUGAUAAUGGCCUUGUGUGGGACAGGCUGCCGAUGUCUGUUGCUUUUGCCUCACUGAUGGCGAUCCUCAUCAUUGAAAGGAUUGAUGUGAAGAUAGGAACGAUUUCGAUUUUUCCUCUAAUUAUGGCUGCUAUGAUAAGCAGUGUGUAUUGGAGGCUCUUUGGUGACAUCCGUCCAUAUCUUCUGGUGCAAACUGUAUCAUGCAUGGCCAUACCUCUCAUGGCCCUUUUGUUGCCACCAAUGUACACACAUUCAACAUAUUGGCUAUGGGCUGCAGGAUUUUAUCCUCUAGCUAUGCUGCAAGAGACUGCCGAUAGAUUGAUUUACGCAGCGACUUUUCAUACUGUCAGUGGUCACACCCUUAAGCAUUUGUCUGCUGCAAUGGUUCCUCUCAUCUUAACAGUAAUGCUUGCAAAAAGGAGUGUUUACUUGGAGAGGCUCGCACAUGCAAAAUCGGCUUAAAAAACAGUAUUUCCUGGUCCGGACUUAGGUGAAAGAAGACAUUUGAUCUAUAGAGAUUAUAUGCUCAAACUUCUGUCCUUUAGUUGUACUGAAAAACAAAAGGAAGGAUCAUUUGUGAUACAGUAACAUUCACCAUAGUUAGCUUCUGGUUUGUACAGUGUUUAGCUUCUGGUUUGUACAGUUUUUUAUCUUCAAAUUAUAUCUAGUAUUAAAAGAGAGAAGAGAUAAAUCAAGUAUAUGAAGAAUGGAAUGGUGACACAUUGUGGCAGACACAAAAUAUUGUGAAAUUAAUAAAAGUCAUAUAGUUUUAUCAAA